GAGGAAAAGUCCGGAGAGUCGCGGGGACAGUGGUCCCGAUCGCAGGGCAUCAUGGGACUUGUAGUUCGAUGGCUUCUCAGGCUCGCCGCCUGGGUUGGGUGACUCGGUCCCGAGAACUACAAAGCCCAGCGGUUCUGAGCGCGGUGACCGACUGAUAAACUGGGAGCGGACCUGAGAGCGUUAAUGGGGCUCUUUGUCUGCAGGGGGUUUCGGGGUGGUUGCUGAACGGGACGGGGUGCGGUGGGCUGGGGAAGCUCAGGUGAGCCGCGGGCCUCAGUGCUGCGCUUGGGCCCGGCAGUCACUGCACUCGCGGCCCCGCCCCAUCGCCACCGCGCGGGGCCUGGGCCUCCUAGGGCGCUGCCCCUUGGUGCAGAACUGUGUUUACGGCACAAGGUCUUUGAGAGACCCGACGAACCCGUCAUUAAAAGGCCUUUUGCCUUUCCCGUGAAUCUCUAGGUAUCUGAAGGAAGAUGAAUUUGGCAGAGAUUUGCGACAAUGCCAAGAAAGGGCGCGAGUACGCGCUUCUGGGAAAUUAUGACUCUUCGAUGGUGUACUACCAGGGGGUGAUCCAGCAGAUCCAGAGACACUGCCAGUCAGUGAGAGACCCGGCCGUCAAAGGGAAGUGGCAUCAGGUCCGGCAGGAACUGUUGGAAGAAUACGAACAAGUUAAGAGUAUUGUCAGCACGUUAGAAAGCUUUAAAGUCGACAAGCCCCCGGACUUCCCUGUGUCUUGUCAAGAUGAGCCAUUUAGAGAUCCAGCAGUUUGGCCACCCCCUGUCCCUGCAGAACACAGAGCUCCACCUCAGAUCAGACGUCCCAACCGAGAAGUGAGGCCUCUGAGGAAAGACAUGGGAGCCGGAGCCCGAGGACUCGUGGGCCGAGCACACCCGAUAUCCAAGAGCGACAAGCCUGCAAGUAGGGACAAGGAUUGUAGAGCCCGAGGGAGAGAUGACAAGGGAAGGAAAAAUGUGCAGGAUAGUGCGAGUGAUGGUGAGAUCCCCAAAUUUGAUGGCGCUGGAUACGACAAGGAUCUGGUGGAAGCCCUGGAGAGGGACAUUGUGUCUAGGAACCCUAGCAUUCACUGGGAUGAUAUAGCAGAUCUGGAGGAAGCUAAGAAAUUGCUCCGGGAAGCUGUUGUCCUUCCUAUGUGGAUGCCUGACUUUUUCAAGGGGAUUAGAAGGCCAUGGAAGGGUGUGCUGAUGGUUGGACCUCCAGGGACUGGGAAGACUAUGCUAGCCAAAGCAGUUGCCACUGAAUGUGGGACGACCUUUUUCAACGUCUCCUCCUCUACCCUGACAUCUAAAUACAGAGGCGAAUCAGAGAAGUUGGUCCGUCUGUUGUUUGAGAUGGCUAGGUUCUACGCCCCCACCACGAUCUUCAUUGAUGAAAUAGAUUCCAUCUGCAGUCGAAGAGGAACGUCUGACGAGCAUGAAGCGAGUCGCAGAGUCAAGUCUGAGCUCCUCGUCCAGAUGGAUGGAGUUGGAGGAGCCUUAGAAAAUGAUGAUCCGUCCAAAAUGGUGAUGGUUCUGGCGGCCACUAACUUCCCGUGGGACAUCGAUGAAGCUUUGCGAAGGAGACUAGAGAAGAGGAUCUACAUCCCCCUCCCGACAGCAAAAGGAAGAGCCGAGCUUCUGAAGAUUAGCCUUCGGGAGGUGGAGCUGGAUCCUGACAUUCGCCUGGAAGACAUCGCGGACAAGAUUGAGGGCUAUUCCGGCGCCGACAUAACUAACGUCUGCAGGGACGCAUCUCUGAUGGCAAUGAGGCGGCGCAUCAGCGGCUUGAGUCCAGAAGAGAUCAGGGCCCUGUCCAAGGAGGAGCUGCAGAUGCCUGUCACCAGAGGGGACUUUGAGCUGGCGCUGAAGAAAAUUGCCAAGUCUGUCUCCGCUGCGGACUUGGAGAAGUACGAGAAGUGGAUGGUUGAAUUUGGAUCUGCGUGAUUUUUGUCAGCUCUUUCAUUUCUGGUAUUUUUGCCUAUAAAGUGUGAAGAAAUUCCUUAAAUUUAAAAAAAAAUCUGGAAUUUUUCAUCAGAGAAAAUUUCACUUAAACGCCAAAGCAAAGCAAAAUGUCUAGAGCUACAGAGAAAGGCAGUUGAGAAAUGAGAAGUCUGUAAUCUGCUGGCUUCCAGCUAACAAAAACGUCCUCAGGCCACAGAGCUCCCAAGCUGGUGGGCGGGGCUGAGGGGUGGGGCUGCGCUGGAGGGCCUGCUUACAGAGCCUUGGCAAAUGUUCUUGCGUACUUGCUUUUAUUGUCUGUUUUCCCAGUUCUAUGUCCUCUGAUCAUAAAAGACACAUAUGUGCACCAGGUGCGAGUGCACAGACACACACACACACAGAGCAAAACUCGGUUUCUGUCAGAUUUAUUAAUUGUCAUUUUGAGAAUGAUAGAUAGUAAAUUCUGAAAGAAAUAAUGAAUUUUAAAUCUGUAGAACUUAAUACUUACUGUUAGGAUCUAAUAUGUAGUUAGCAUUUUCACUUCUCUGCCAGUUCUUCUUAGCUGCUGGCUCUGUCUAUCAAGGAAUAGUCAGUGAUCUAUGGUUUUUCCCCUGGCGUUUAGUCAUUUUUUGCUAGCGCCUCUCCUACGUCAUUUGGGAAGAUGGGAAGAAUCUUACGUCGUUAGCAGCGCGUCUUUACCCUUCUGUCCAGAGUUCUCGCUUUUCUUUCCGUAUGCUCAAAUCAAUAGAGCGAUUGUUUCUUCUCACUUCCAACACUGCUUUUUUGUUGAGUUUGCCUUUCGUGUUUAAGAUAAGUACCCUGAGUUCUAAACAAGUCUAGCCUCUAGGCUAAUGCAAAACAAACGUUUCUUUUUCUUCCCUAGGCUAGUAUUUUGCCAGUUUGUAUGUCUGUUUACUACAUGUGUUGUAGUUCCCGAGGAGGCCAGAAGAGGGCAUCGUAUCCCCUGGAAUUGAAGUUACAGGCAGUUGGGAGUCACCAUAAGGAUGGUGGGAAUAGAACCCAGGUCCUCUUCAAAAGCACUCAGUGCUCUUAAUGGCUGAGCCAUCUCCCCAGCCCCACAAAUAAAACCUCUUAUGGCUCUCAGACAGCUUGUUUUGCAAACAGUAUACAAUACUCAUUAAAAACAGUGAACAAUACUCAAUAAUUAGAAAGUUUUCCUUCUAAGAACCUGUGUAUGCAAUGGGUUUAGAAUGGGAAUCCGACAUGCUCAUUAGACCUGGAAUUAGUAGGAAGGUCCAAGGAAGGGAGCUGCAUGGAUCCAGUCUCAAGUCCCGAGUCCUCAUGUUGAUUCUCUGUAAUGAAUUAUGUCCAUCCAUUUGAUCAUCAGGCAAUCCAUGCUUUCAGAGUCAACUUAAAAAGCGUGUCUGUGCUAACGUGCUGAAAUCUUGAUUCUCAAGCCUUCUGUUUUAAAACUAUGUACAUCCUAUAGGCACCUUCAAAAUCUCUCACUGUGAUGCUUAAGAUAUUUGAUCUCUUUUCCUUACUCAGACCCGUUGUGUUCUUUUCAGGCCAUCUAAAUCUGACUCUCCAAGCUCCUGGCUUCAUCUCAUUCCUAGAAAGUGUCCUCUUUCUUCUGAGAACCCAUUAUGCAUUUCAAAUCGGAAGCCAUGAUCUUAUCGUGAUGGGCCAUUUAUUGAAGAGUUAGGGUGAGAGACAGAUGAGCAAACUUGCGCUUACCUGUGCAUCUUGAGGAAGGGUCUCACGUGGUUGUCUGAGCUGCUCUUCCGCUCUUGAGCUCACAUGAUCUUCCUGGUUCAGCUUUGUGAGCAGCAGGGACUCCAGCCCCACCCCCAGGUUAUUUAUUUAUUUAUCUAUUUAUUUAUUUAUUGGCUUGCGAAUAGUUUUGUUUGUUUAAUGUCAUUUGAAAAGAAUUUCUCUACAAAGAAAUGAGGUACAAGGAAGCAUUGGUUCAGCGCUGAUGAAGGCACACAGUUAGGACUGCGGAAGGAGUAGACCACCUAAACAUUUUUAAAGAUUGGAACCUGCAAACAAAAUAAUCUGAUAAAAUCUAUUAACACGUCUGGAGAGUUACGAGACUCUUGCCCUUUUCCUUGAAUGAGAGAGCUCCAGCCAGUUGUUCAAGGGUUCCGCAUAGGCAUGGGAAGACAAAAAGGCGAUAGCCUGACCGGUCCCCUUGUUGGUUAAGUAUGCUCCCUGGCCCACAUGUCAUAGCAUCUUACUGAAGCAGGCCUGUGACCGCAUCACCUGCAGGGAGAUGGCAGUCGUCAGUAACCAUGGCCUCUAGCACCAUCCCUUAGGGAAGCCUACGCACCAGCGCUUCAGCUGAAUCUAGGAACAUUACAGUGAUUGUGAAUCUGGGCUAAGCUUGUGAGAAAUGACUGCGGGGCAAAAGAACUUUUUCUUUUUAAUUAGUAACUCGAUCCAUUCAGUGUACUUCACAAGGUGCAAUGCGUUUUAUCAUUUAUCAAUGAAAGAAGAAACCCACCCCCAAAUCAGCAAACGGCAAACUAACACCCUUGAAGGUCACAGUCACACACGUAGUGGAUCCUAGAACGGGGGCAGGACAGCCUCCAUCCACCUUUGUGAGUUUCCCCCAAGUCCGAUCCACUCAAGGGUGGAGAGAAACGGCAGCUUCCGAGGAGCACGUUACUAAACGUGGCGUUUCUACGGCCUUCCUAAGAGCUGGGGGGCGGGGGACACUUUGUAGAAUGUGGAAAUAACUGGUCUUCUGCCUUAAGUGCUGUCCACUGGUUAACAGCUUUGAAAAAACAAGACUAAGAACCCCCCCACACUCCAAAAAGAGAGAAGGGCUGGGGGUGAGGGGGUUCCUAAGAUGCCCAGAUAACUCUCCAAAAUGGAACCAGGGAGCAGCAGAACAAACAGAUUAGUCCGUCACAAAGUCAGCACAGGCAUGCCUUGGCUUCAAACAAAACAAAACGGUGGUGGGCUUUCGUUGUUGUUUAAAAAAAAAAAAAAACCAGGAAACAAAAACUAGCAGUCUUCACUUUUCAGACAUACACAAUUACUCAAAAUUAACUCACAGGAAGGGGGGCAUCCAAAGGGCCUUGUCUCACCUGAGUGCGUGUGGGGAGGUGCAGGGCGGCUGUCGUUAUUGCAGAAGUGACUUUUGAUUUUUAACCCUUAGUUUGAUUAGACAUUGCCUUUAGUGUGGUGACAGCAGCGGCUGAGUGGAAAGGCUCUGGAGAGGCCUGGCGUGGCCUGAGGCUGCAGGACAGCCACAGUGCUCAGCACACAGUUCCUUAGGCCUUUCCGUGUGAGGGCGGAGCCUUCGCCUACAGCCUUCCAAUCCCUGGCCAGCUCUUCAGCAGUCCCUCAGUGAUAGGCUUCUGUGGGUCCCUGGCACGUUUCUGAUAGUAGAGGGGUCAUCUCUGAGAUCAGUUUGGGUUCCAACAAGCAUGAAAGGAGUCUUUGGACAGUCGUGAGCUAUCUCAGGCCCUGCUUUCCUUUCACAGUUUCAAAUGAGGACGGAGAAACCACUGGAAAACAUACUAGAAAAAUGUCUGUCUGUGGGUGACUCAGAGGUCGCAGUCUGUCACAAAUCCACUUGCCCUGCAGUAUCAAAAAGUCUAAGAGCACAUGGCUCUCCACCAGUCCUAACUGUGACUGCUCAGCUGUUGAAACAGCUGGACCUGCUCCAGUGGACUUUGUUGUAUAGGCCUUCAGGAGGCAUGUUCUAUCAUCAGCACCAUCGCUGGCAACGAUGCACUUAGUAUCUGCGCUUUGGAAAUAGUUUAAUAUUUCAAAUUAGAUGUUGACCUCAGCUUUUCCAUCAGGGCAUUGGCAGCACUCUCCAGAUAAUUUAUAAACGUUUAAAAUGAGCAGCUAACGUGGAGGGCAAGGCAGGAGGAUCACUAGGAAGUGGAAAGACCCAGUGUCCCCCAGCCGAUGAAUGCGUGGUGAAAAUGCGGCACAUCUGACUUCCGUGGCCCAGGCACGCAAACAUACAUGUAGUCUGAACCAGCCUGCACGGCAUAGCAAGGCCUUAUCUCCAAAAACAAACAGAAAUAAACAACCCCACUCAAAUUCUCCAGCAAACCAUCACCAUCUAAUAGUGUUGUUCAUAAACAAACAAACAAACAAACAAACACACACAGAGACCUCUCUGUAACCCCAGGUCAGUAGGCCUUUUCUGGAUUUUUCAUUACUUCCCUUUGCAUCAAUCUAAUUUUUCUUAAUCCUUCAUAUAAUUCCGCGCAGCAUUUGCGCAUCCAUCCUAGGGUAGGUGGUGUUUGCUGCAGUUGAGUUAGGUAGGAGAGUCAGGUGUCUCUACAGCCCUCCUGUCCCUUUUUGCUGUCAAUGGACGGCAAAGGCUUUGCAUGGCUUAAACCCUUGGAAGGGUCUGGCACAGGCCCCUCCAGAUGUCUCUCAUCCCUGUCUUGGCCGCGGGAGACCUUUGUUGGCUUCUCAGUUGUAAGGCAGGUGUGUUAUCCCAGGAGAGGUGGUUGGUUCUGUCCUUUGAAAGCAGGAACAUUUGGGGGCCACAGCUCAGUGACUGGUGUGUGUAGGGUUCCUUCACGGGAGCCAUGGACAGUCCCUUCCUGGGCACACUGUGCUGGUCACUCUCUGUGCACAGGACAGUGGGCGGAGGCUGUGCAGCUUGCAAAGCUGCUUCAGACAGCGAAGCUCUGGCUGGACUUUUUUUUAAUUUUUUUUUUGAUAACUGUCACUCCUGGCUUCUGCGGCUAAAGCACAGUUUAGCUCAUGAGUGGAGAGGCACAGUGAUCUCUGUGUUUGGGGAAGAGAAUAUACAAAAAGGCUUCCCUCUCUCCUCUUUGGCCUUUGAUUUGUUUUAAAAUGAAAAGUUCUAAACAAUAGAAAGGAAUUAAAGAUCUAUUGCAAUGCAGCCAUUUUCAUUUUUCCAUGCCAUAGUUACACGUGUAAUUAUGAUAAGAUGUGUCCAUGCAAUGUGUUUGCUGUAAAUGUUUUGCUUCCAUAAUUAUUUUUUUUUUUAAAAAAAAAAAGAAAGUAAAUUAAUAUUGGUGAACUGCCCCAGACAAAUGGCUUGGGAAGCUCCAGCUUGGAAACGCAGUGACAUCACAGCCCUUUCAGCUGUGACCCAGACACACUGGGCUCUGUCUUCUGUCAUCAGAAAUCCUGGGACACCGCAGGGCACCCUGCCAUGGGCGUCCCAGGAGCACCUGUGUCACAGUUUCCUCAAACAGCUGUUUAACCUCCAGACAGCGCAGAGAGCGGAGGGGGGGGGACAGCACCCAGAAGAAGGCGGGCAAGUGCCCGGGCUCUAAAACCAGCAGCUGUCCCGGAAGGUUCCCUCAGGGACAGCUCACAAUGUUGCCUGUUGCUUGUCUGUCUUUCCGUGUUGUGGCUCUGCAGGGGUCAGUGGUCUACUUAGGUCUGAGGUAUCUAAGGUCAUGCACUGCAGGACCCCGAAUCUGCCCGAGCAUAGACAAGCUGACCUCCCCUUCCUCAUCCACUUGCGGUGGAAGUGAAGAACUGCUCAAGUCAUUUGCACAGUGCGUCUGCUUUGGCUUCCCUAGUGCCGUCUUCUUCGGUCUUUUUCCCCCCAUAAUGAUGCAUUUCCACUGUUAUGUUAUUAAAUAUAGGUCACUCUACAGUGUGCCCUGUGCUUUGGUGUAAAAUGGUAGGUGGGACAUGGCCUUUUCCAAGCAAAGGUCAUUUAACUCGGUAUGAAGAAAGAAUCAUGAAUAUUCCAACUUUUUUGUAUCUUUGUUUUGUCUCUUAAUGUUUUGAAUGUAUGAUAUUAAGUUUGUGGUGCACACGACAUUUAUGUGACUCUUGGAGUCGGUCACAACAGAUUCCGGAAGACACAGUUGAAGGACACGUCAGGAUAGACUAUGACACCGUACUUGGUUAAUUCUCAUCUUCACUAAUUAGUUCGUAGUUUUCUACUUUGUUUGAAUUACUACAUGUUUACUUAUUUGUAAUUUUAAUUUAGGCUUUUCAUACUUAUUUAUUUAAUUUUUGGAUUGUUUGCUUUUGAUAUUGUUUCUUAACAUGAAACUGAGUAAAAAAUUAAACCUGUAUGAUAAUAUAUUUUUGCAUAUUUACUUAAUAGUAAUUCUUUGAAUUUUUAUUAGUUUUUUUCCUCUGAAAGCUCUAAUUUUGAUGAUAUUUCUAAUUUCAGGUGCCUUGUUAAUAAAACUAUAUUAAGAUGAUGCUACAAAAUUAUUUUUGCUUUGCCUUUCUCAGGCCUUGAGAAAACUAAAAACAAAACCUAAAACCUAAAUAUUGGCUUAUCGGUAGUGGUAUGGGAUUGGUACGGUUGGCACCACGUGGGGAUCGAUGCAGGGAUUUCUGCUAUGAACGGGCGAACACAAAGCCUUCGCCCCCGCCCUCAGUGAGCCGAGCAUGCUCGCCCCCGGGAGGAGAUCCAAGGGCUCAGUCUCCCCGCUUAGUUUCCCCUCUCCCUGCGGGUCUGUUUUUCCAGGCACCAUCUUCUCUGCUGCUCUGGCUUCCUCCUGUUAACUUUCAAAUUUUAAAGUAGAAUUUUAAUUUUUAAAAAUUAUUAUUUAUUAUUUCGAGGCAAGAUCUCGCCAUGUAGCACUGGCUGUCCUGGAACCACAUUGUAGACCAGGCUGGCCUUGAACUCACAGAGAUCCUCCUGCCUCUGCCUCCCAAGUGCUGGUGUUAAAGGUGUGUGCCACAUACCCAGUUUAACUUGAAUUUUGUUUUUAAACACAUUUUGCCAUUCCUCCUCUGGCAAAGCCAGGUUCUCCAAACGACCCUUCUGUGAAGCCUAGAGGUUGCUUCCCCUCUUGAGGGCCCAGCCUCUUUCUUUGAGUGUAUCUCAUCCCAUGGAGCAGAUCCACACACAGCGCAUGCUCUGCUAGCUUCUCAGAUUUCUGUAAAUCCAAAUCCACACGCUGAUCUUAAACAUCUGGAGCCCCGCAGUUCCCCUCUCCCCCCUCUGAAACCUUCGGACUUUAGGAAAACCCUCCUGCUCACACGGCCGUGUGACUGGUGAGCAUUCAUUGUCCUCGGUGGCCACUCUGUGGACACAGUGUCCACGGGACCCCUGCGUGUCAGAAUGGCCUGGAGGUGUGCCACUAAGAUUUUGGUUCCAGUGUUUGUCAUCCAGUUUUUGAAACUAAUUAAUAAAAGAGGUUUCUCAGUUGUCGUCUUUAAAUGCUGCUUCCUCCACUUUCCGCAUUGCUGUCUGCUGUGUUUGUGUGUGAGCUGUGAUGUCGGGACAAACGUUUAGAGAUCUCCCUGUUGAUGGCGUCUUGUGUGGCUUGCUGUGGAUGGGACAUGGGCUUCCUGCGGCUACAGGGACAACAUACAGCCCCCAGCUGACAGUGACCUUUGUUUGGACUUUCCUCAGGAAGUCACAUGUUGGCCACUUGAUAUUUUGUUUUCUGUGAAAUGUACUAAUAAAUUUAAGGUUGAUGUAGUAAUGUGUGUAGUUUUCCAAUUAACUAUUUUAAUAAAUAUUUAUGUGAUGCUGUUGCA